GGUGUUCUGUUUCCACUCGGAGACGUCACUCCGACGCUUUUCAUGUGUUUUUUUUUUUUUUUUUUUUUUUUUAUUAUUGAUUCCCAUGCGCAGUGCUAAUUAUAUCUCAGCAAUAUUACUAUAUAAUAUAUUUAGACCAAAUAUUCCUUAAAUUCUAUCAAGUUCGAGAGGUGCGCAUGAGCGAGAUGUGAAGUAGCAUCAACGCAUGCGCAGAUCACCAAGACUACUGUAUGUAUAUCUUGAUGUGUCUCUUAACGCUACAUCGGAUACGCAGCGCUGGAUUAAAGGAAGGCAUGAACGUGUCGAGAUUCUGCAUAAGGACCUUCACGGCCAGGUCGCUGGCGGUAAAGUGUCCCCAAAAGACAAUACAAAUGCCUCGCUCGGGGCAGUGGAGAGCCGUCCCUACCGGCACCUGGCACCCCCCUGCACCCCACUUCAUCCCAGCGCAGAACACAGGCAGGACCUGUAACGACACACGACUGAGACAUCUCGCAACUGGAAACAAGGACCGGUUAGAUCUCCAGGAAGCGCAAAACCAGCGCAGUGCAGAAGACUACACUCUGAUCUACAAGCUGCCGGCCAUCAAGUUCCUGCGAGCGCUUUCCAGGCUCAAGCUGCUUCAGACGGGGAUCACCACGGCUCUGCUCCCCGCUGUGUGCUACCUGUACCUGGAGGGACAGGUGUCCUCGUCCCUGCUCGGCUACACCGCUGGAGUAGCCUCCUUUGCCGCCCUCAUGCUUUACUCCAUGAGUCACUACCUCCGCAGGGUCAUCGGAAUGAUGUACCUCAGCGACUCCAGAGCCACGCUCAGGGUAUCUCAUCUCACCUUCUGGGGCCGGCGGCAUGACCUCUACCUCCCCGUGUCGGAGGUCAUGACGCUGGGGGACACGGGCGACUCCAGGAACGAGACGCUGCUGCAGCUCAGGCGCUACAAGCACCCUGACGUGCUGUACUUCUCCACCAGGCUGGGGCAGGUCGUGGACAGAGAGAGGUUUGUGGAAGUCUUCGGGAGCGUUCCAUGAAACGCGCAGUUUGUGGAAGAACGGAAUCGUGGUGUGGGAGUCUUGCUAAUGUGUGAAGCUACAGAAUCAGUGGCCUCAAGUGGACAUCAGUGGCCUAUAGGACAUAUAAUGUUACAGCACUUCCAUAGCCACACCAGCAAUUAAAAAAAAUAAAUUAACAUAAUAGAAAUCAACACACUUUGAAUUAAAUUGUGUUUGUGAACCUUAUCUAUGGGUAACGUUGCCCUGCCAAAACAUAUGCACCUUGUAAACUAUAGCACAGAUAAGGAGACUUUAACAUUAAAGAACAAAAAAAAACAUUUUUAAGGAAAACUUUCUGUCAGGAUUAUUUAAUUUUGCUCAACCUUUGAUUAUUGUGUUGAGUUAGGGUCAGGGUUAGGCUUAGUGUGUUGAUGCACUCUGGGAGACAGUGGAAAGUCCUCAUGAACACUGAAAACAAAUGGGUGUGUUUGUAUGAUAAAACAAAACAAAACAAACUUCUACAAAGACCAGUCUUCGACUCCCUAGAGCCGUCACAAUAAGUAAACGUCACUGUAUAUGAAAGGGGAUGAUCAGCAUCAUUUAUUAUUAAAAAAACCAAAGAACACCCCACCCCACAGCUGCUGUUUAAAGAUCGAUUAAAAUCAGGUUUCUUUGAGGGUGCUUGUGCGCCAGCCUUCCUUCCAUUUCUAGCCAAUGGGAUUGCAAAGCGAUGCUCCUGAAGACAGACACGCUCAGGCAGUGAGUAGAGUGACCUCCUUUUUUUAAAGGAACAGAGCAGAGAUUUCAUAGAUUAUGUAACCAUGCACCGUAAAUACAAAUACAUAAAGGAGGCUGUGUGGUCCAGUGGUUAAAGAAAAGGGCUUGUAACCAGGAGGUCCCCGGUUCAAAUCCCACCUCAGCCACUGACUCAUUGUGUGACCCUGAGCAAGUCAGUUAACCUCCUUGUGCUCCGUCUUUCGGGUGAGACGUAGUUGUAAGUGACUCUGCAGCUGAUGCGUAGUUCACACACCCUAGUCCCUGUAAGUCGCCUUGGAUAAAGGCGUCUGCUAAAUAAACAAAUAAUAAUAAUAAUAAUAAUGACAUCACUCACUCCAGAUACACAGAAUUACAAUGAAGUUUAUUUCACAAUACUGAUACAUUUUUUUUUUUCAAUCACAAGAAUAAGGACUAGAUUUUUGUAGGUUACAGCCACACUUGGCAGUUUAGUAAACAUUAAUGGCAAAGUUUUCAUUAACCUAUUCUUGACAGACAGAGUUAUGAAGCUUUCUUUUUUUUUCUUUUACGCAGACUAGACAAGCUUCAGUUAUGAACUUCACGUUCACCACAACUACAAAAUGUCAGUAAACACUACGAAAGAAAAAAAAAGAUAAAGGCAAUUACCAGCCUCCCUUCUGACUGUGUCGUGUGCAACUGAUCAGCAAGCUUCACUUUGCAUAAACAGUUAAGACGUUCUAUAUAUUUCUAAAGACGCGACUGACGAGAACUGCAGUCCGAUUCUAAGAAGUUCAGUCUCAUGAUCGGAUACAGCUGUGUGAAGGUAUGGGGUUGAAACGUGUGCAUGUUACAAUGUGCAUUGUGCAUUAAUGGGUUUAUAUAGACCGUAUUAUAUAUGUAACUACAACUGGGACAGUAUUGUCAGUUAUCAAACACAACAGAAAUAACUGCAGAUGAAGACGCCGGUUUGAAUAGUCCAAGCCCACUGAAGAUGAAGGGGAGGCGAGGGGAGGGGAGAGGAGGAGACUGACAGAGUCUUGUUGUAUUUCCAUGCAACAGCUUUAAACACCAUCUCCUUUAUUACCCUUACCUUCACUCGUUUGGUGAAGAAUGUGUCACGUUUAGGGACGGAAGGCAAAACAGAGAAGAAAAAUGCAAUGAUGUUCAUAACCUCCUGUGAAUAAAAAGCAAAUUCCAAAAUACUCCUGGGUUAGAUCAUUGUAAUAAUAAGCGUGUGUAGGACUGCUUAUUGGUGCGUUAAUACAGCAGGGUGAGAAACUCACUCUUAUUCCUCCACUACAGCUGUAUGAACACCUCCUCAUGGUGACCCCUCAGACUCGUGUGUGCUGUGAUGAGGCUCCAGUGGAGUUAGCAAAGGCGUGAUUGUUCAAAUUCCUGGCAACUGCUCAUUCAAUAAUAUACACUCUGAAACCCAGGGCAGGGUGUUAACAGCCAUGUCUAUUUUACAUUAAUACUAGACCUGCCUGCUGCAGUUUAAUCAAACACUAGAACUGUGUGAAGCCUUGUCAGUACACCUUUUAAACUGUGUGUAGAGAGUGUAUGAUACUGUUCAUUUAAACUGUGUGUAGAGUGUGUAUGAUACUGUUCAUUUAAACUGUGUGUAGAGAGUGUAUGAUACUGUUCAUUUAAACUGUGUGUAGAGUGUGUAUGAUACUGUUCAAUUAAACUGUGUGUAGAGAGUGUAUGAUACUGUUCAAUUAAACUGUGUGUAGAGUGUGUAUGAUACUGUUAAUUUCUUCAUUGACAGUUCGAUGUAUGCUCUCCAUCUCUUAUCUUGUAAUUAAGGUAUUGCUUUUUCACUUCCAGUGUAGAAACAGAAAUGCGUUGUGCUUAUCCAAAUUAUCCAAACUGCAAUGAGCUCUCAUAAAGAGACCCAGCCUGGGAUCUGGGCUGUUACCCCAAGUGGAUCGUACCCAGGAACUCGUCUGCGGAGGGGCAAGAACCUUCCCUUUCUGUGCUCCAGUACAGCAGAGCCACACUGCUUGAAAAGAGACCACGCGGCAGGCCUUCAGACACGCGAGGGAGCGGACAGGGCAUGUGCGUUGUGCUGCAUGGGCAACGCCGUUUCAGCUGGCAAGCCCUACCUGGGCGCUGGUGGACUACACAUGUACUACUGGAAUUGCAAUGCCAAAACUUACCCAAGAGCGCCUGACAAUAACAUGCAAUAGUGGGUCGCAUUAAAAUACAAAAGAAAUAGUCCAAGUCCCGCACUUUUAAAACUCAAAGACUGCAGUAGCUACUCAUCUGCUAAGCUACGAAGCACUGAAACCCCGUCCUUCAGUCACUAAUGUGUCCCUCCAGCUCCAUAGUUUCUGACAGGCGAGGCUCUACUGUAUGCGAAUCCUGUUGGCAUGUAAAGGGACGGUUUUUGCUUGCAUCCACCCAGCAGCGUUCCCUGCUUCCACACGGCACCCCCCGAACACAAAGGCAGGGGAGGAGCUUAUCCAGUCAAACUACUGACACAUUCCAGGAUGGGUGAACAAUUAAAAACAAACCAUUAUAAUAAAAAGAAAAUAAAUCUCCCUACUCGGUUGCCCCCCACCCCCAGAGGGAUUACAAUUUUGCUGGAGCCCUUAUAUAAAAUUAUAACAAGGUUUUUUUUUUUUUUUUU